AUGAAGCGUUCAACGCUGAUUCUUUUAUCUAUUCUGGCGAUCCAAACUGUAGAAUGCUGGAGACAACAUGCUCCACCACAUCCACCACCACCUCAUCGGGAUAUUGAUUCUUCUGGAAACAGUGCAUCAAGGAGUUCGGAAAGUGAUUCAUCCCUAGAAGAAGACAUCGUCCUAACUCCAAAUCAAUCAAACCAAAAUAAAAGAAUCGAUCCAGAUCGUAUGAUUCAGUUGCAACAGAAACAGGAGCAGGAACGAAUGCAGAACAGAUUUGAAGGAAAGAAAAACAACUUCUUCGACCGCCCAUCUUCUGAGGAAUUGGAAGCCUACGACGAGAAGGUCAGACACCAAAAAACCAAUCGUAUCAUUGAGGAGGAACCAGUAAUGGUUCAAGGACCAAUGGAUCCAAUUCGUGCUCCAAAACCAAUGAAACCAAAGAUGGAUGAUGCUGAUGAGAAGUUGUUCUUGGCAGCAUUAGGACAAAUCUAUUUGAAUAAAUUGGAUGAUGAAUCACAGGACGCCGAAAGAUUCCCAGGACCACCAGGACCAAUUGGACCAAUGGGUCCACCACCACCAGUUGAUUAUGAUUACGUAUUUGUUCCUUAUGAAACCCCAGGAAAGGUGGAAUCCAACAACAACGGAAAUAAUAAUGUGCACGUCAAUGUGAAUCAUGUACAGGUUAACUCCAAUGUUCUCCACGUGCCAGAGAAAAAGAAGGAUAGUGAACCAAAAGAGAUGCCACCAAUUGUCCCAUCCUAUCACUAUUCGGAACCAGUCUCGAGCUCGAACUACAUGUAUUUCAACUUCAAUAUGAUUGACUGUGCUAUUCUUUUCGUUCUCGUCGCCGUUUUCUUAUUUGCUACCAAGAAAGCUUACAAAAAGUGUUUCCCAAAAAAGAUCGUUGCUCCCCAACUACCAACAUCUCUUCCACCAACCUACACUCCAUCAUCCAUUGUUGUUGAGACCGUCUCAAAGAAAACCCCACAAUAA